UCACACCCCCCACAAACAUUUAUAGGACACAAAAAAGUCACAAAAUUAUCUUUGCCUUUGAAUAGUUUUUCUAAAGAAACACAUUACACAUACAUACCCACCACUUGUUAACAAUCCCACCAAAAAAUGCCAACCAUUUCCCUCUCUUUUCCUUCCCUUCUUAACUCCCCCAUCUCCUCUUAUUUCCUCCCCAACACAACCACAACCACAACCACAACAACAAUCACCACCGCAACAACCACCAACACCCCUGAGUGCCCCCUAUCUCCCUCUCCCUCGCCUCCGCCGCCGCAACUACAAAAGCCAAACAACAAGGCAAUGGACGCGGUUGAGUUAAGGCGAGUGUUCGACAUGUUCGACCAAAACGGAGACGGGAGGAUAACCAUGGGGGAGUUACGAGGGUCGCUUAAGAACAUGGGCAUCUUCGUCCCCGAAACCGAUCUUGCACAAAUGAUCGGCAGCAUUGACGUUAAUGGCGACGGAUGUGUGGACGGGGACGAGUUUCAAGCUCUCUAUAGCCUUAUUAUGGAGAGAGAAGAAGACGAUCAAUCCGACGAGGAAGACAUGAAAGAGGCUUUCAACGUGUUCGACAAGAACGGAGACGGGUUUAUCUCCGUUGACGAGCUACGGUCCGUGCUCGCUUCCCUUGGUCUUAACCAAGGGAGGGAUUUGGAAGAUUGUAAGCUUAUGAUCAUGAAAGUUGACGUGGAUGGAGAUGGUAUGGUUAGUUUUAAAGAGUUUAAGAGAAUGAUGAAGCAAGGUGGUUUUGCUACUUUGAAUUAAUUCAUUUAAUUAGUUAGUUAAUUAAUUAAUUAAUUAAGCUAUCUAGUUCAUUCAUUUCUUCUUUUAUUACUAUUGCUUAAUUUGUGAUGAUGAGAAAGUACGUACGUGGUGACGUGGUGUGUGUAAAUAUGGUGAUAUUUGUUCUUGUUGAUUUGGGUUGUUGAAGUUUGGGUGGUUUUGGUGUUUUACAUCAUGAGCUUAUCGUGUGCCUUUCUUGGAUCUCAAGGCGUCGGAUCGGAUCAGAUAUGGAUUGGAUUAUCAGGGCGGUUGUGAUGGUGUACUUAUUCAGAAAGUAAUCGUUUGUUCGUUGGAUUUAACUAUUGGGAUCAUAUUAGAGGGAAAUUAAAUUAAAUGAAAUCUCAUUUUGGCUAGGUGGUUAUGUGACAUAUGAAUGCGUGUUGAUUGAAUCUUUCUUCAAGAUGGAGUAAUCGUGUGGAGCAAUAAUGGACGGUUUUUAAUUGAAGGAAAUGGUAAUUAAACAAGGUAAUCAAAUCAAGGAUUGUAAUGGAAUGUCAACCUAGCCAAGGACCCUAGAAGAGAUGCAUGUGUAUAGGAAUAUUAGAAAUUGGUUUUGUUACGUUCUUUGAUUCCUUUUUUAUGUUUAGAUUCCUUUGACAGUUUUGUAAUAAUAACAACGACUCUAAUAUAUUUCUUCAGUGUUUUGUCCCCCCUCCCUCCCUUUCAAAUACUCCGCAACAAGGGCCUAAAAACAAGUCGAGGCGAAUUGCGCUUAGAUUGUUAGUAUUUAAACUAAUUCGAGCUUGAACGAGCUUUAAAAGUUA